CGCGCAGUGCUGUCAGCGCUCGCGUGCGGACGGCCGCCGUGGGCCGUGUUCGUCGCCACCAAGCCAGCGGCUUGACCCGGCGUCCAGCACCGCGUGUCUGUGCGUCCGAGUGCGUGUGUGUGUGUGCGUGCGUUCCCUAUGAAGACGCUCUGUUUUGGAUUUCUCGCCAUGGACAAGAAUAGCGUUUCUCCCCUCGAACAGGGCGGAGAGCGGGCCCGCUGGGAGCACCACCACGUGACACUGGGGCGGGUGCCUGGAUACGGGUUUGGCAUUGCUGUCAGUGGUGGCCGUGACAACCCACACUUCACCAGUGGCGAGCCAUCUAUUGUCAUCUCGGAUGUGCUUCGAGCAGGGCCUGCCGAAGGAAAACUCCAGAUCAACGACCGGGUGGUCAGUGCCAAUGGGCUGUCACUGGAGAAUGUGGACUAUGCGACUGCUGUCCAAGUUCUGCGGGAAUGCGGCCGCACCGUUAACCUGGUAAUCAAGCGCCGUGUUGUCCUGGGCCAUGCAGAGUCUGUGCGUGUGACCCUGACAAGAGCCAAGAAGAAAGAUGAUUUUGGCAUUGUGCUUGGCUGCCGCAUCUUUGUCAAGGAAGUGUGCAGUAGGUCUGUGGCCGAGCGGGACGGCACGUUGCAAGAAGGCGACGUCGUGCUCAAGAUCAACAACACCAGCGUGGAGGGGCUGAGCCUGAAGGAGGCCCGCAAGCUGCUCGAGGCCAGCAAGGAGCGCCUGCAGCUGGUGCUCCAACGUGAGGAUGUGUACGGCAGCAGCAAGGCCUCCCCCCCCAUGGCCAGCCUGUCUCACACUCGUCCCAUGGAAGAGCGCGCAGCCAGUCAGAAUCUGUACGUGCAGCCGCCCACCCGUGCAGACGACAAGAACAACCUGUCCAGGGUUGGCCGCAAUCGAGGACCCCUCAUGGACUCCAGCCAGCUGGACCAGCCUGAGACUCCUCCAAGGCCUGUGCUGCCUCGCCCGGAGUAUGGCCACGAUGGGGAGGAGGACCCAUUAGCACGACGGAACUCAACGGGGGCUGAGCCCCGGCUGGUAUGCUUCCACAAGGAGAGUGGCAGCAACGUGGGCCUGCGGCUGACUGGCGGCAACCAGGCCGGUGUCUUUGUUACAGCUGUGCAGCCAGGCAGCCCUGCUUCCUUGCAGGGCCUCCAGCCGGGCGACCGCCUCCUCAAGGUAAACGGUGUGGACGUGCGGUGGGCGACCCGCGAGGAGGCUGUGCAGCUGCUGGUGCAGCUUCAGGGCCCCGUGCAGCUUCUUGUGCAGACUGCUCGUGAAGAGUACGAGGAGGUGGUGAGCAGUCAAAAGGGAGAUUCGUUCCACGUGCGAGCACACUUCAGCCACGAGCCCACCAACAAGGGCGAGCUGGCAUUGCACCCAGGCGAGGUUUUCCGGGUGGUGGACACCCUGCACAACGGCACCCUGGGCAGCUGGCUAGCCUACCGCCUCGGCCGCAACCACCAGGAGAUUCAGCGCGGCCUCAUCCCAAAUGCAGCGCGUGCCGAAGAACUGGCUGCGCAACAGGCCAGGCGCCGAGAUGCCGACACCAGCCGUACCUCUUUCUUCCGGCGCCGCCGGAGGGCUGCUCGUGCCAAGAGCGGUGACCCCUGGGAGGACCCGGAAGGCUUGUCCAAAUUUCCAGCCUACGAGCGUGUGGCCCUGAAGCACCCGGGCUUCAUCCGGCCUGUGGUGCUGUUUGGACCCAUGGCAGAUGUGGCCCGGGAAAGACUUCUCAGGGACUAUCCGGACAAGUAUGCCUGCCCCCAGCCCGGGGGACCUGUUGAGGAGCCGGUACCCAAGGGGGCCCCGGCUGUUCGGCUCAGUGCCAUCCGGGAAGUGGUGGAGCAGGGAAAGCACGCUCUGCUCGACGUCAGCCCGGGGGCCGUGGACCGACUCAACUACGCCCAGUUUUACCCCAUCGUGGUGUUCCUGCGUGCCGAAAGCAAGCAGGCCGUGAAAGAACUGCGAUCACGACUGCCCGUGCGGCAGAGUGCGCGUAAGCUGUACGAGAGGGCGCUCAAAUUGGAGCGGCUGUGGGGACACUUGUUCACCUCCACGGUGGCCCUGACGGGCGCCGACAUGUGGUACAAGAAGCUGCGUGAGACCCUGGACAAGCAGCAGCAGCUCAGUAUCUGGUGCUCUGAGAACAAGCCCGAGGAGGCCAUCGGAGACGACUUCCUCUUCCCGGUCACCUCGCGGCUGAGCUAUGCAUCAUCACCCGAGAGUGACCUGGAGCUGGCCUCUGAAGGGGCUCGGCGUCUGGGCCUGGUACGGGCUUCCAGUGACCCCAGUGUGGCCACCCAGGAAGAUGCUCUGGCGCCGCCACCCUACCUGCCUCCUCUGCGGCAGCCGCCACUUGCUGGGCCACCAAGCAGCUGCAGCCCGUCUCAGGCACCAAGCGAAUGCCGGCCGUGUGGUGGUGGUGUUCCAGAGGAGGACUAUGGCACCCGCCGAAGCAACACUCUUGAGACACGGCUGCAAUAUGGACGACCUGAGUCUGACCUGUACGAAGAAACGGGCAGUCGGCCACUGCUGACAAAUGAUGGGCGGCGUCCUUUGGGCAUGUACUCUCCCCCUGGUGGUGGUGGUAGUGGCGGCGGCAAGCUGGCCCGGGUGCUGCCGGAGCCUCCUCAGGUGGACCGUGGCAGCAAGCCUCCCCGCUUCUCGCGCACUGCCCAGGAACGGCUGUUUGGCUCCCCAGGUCGUGGAGGUGGGGAACCCCCACCCGCUAUUCCCGGUGGCCCCGACUACAUCAACACGGCACACAAAGCGGCAUCCUUGGAACGACCGAAUGGCCGUACGCCUCUGGCUGGCUAUGAAGCUCCAGCCUAUGAUGCAUACGGACGGCAGAUGGCACCACCACCACAUGACCCAUACCGCUUCACUCGUAGCACAGCUCAGCCUGCGACGAUCGCUCUGAGGCCACCUGCAGCUCGUCCGCCACCCAGGACCCCCGAACGGCCAAGCCUUCCCGGCCAACUGCAGAGGGCUCCAUACCAGCCUAGGCUCUCCGACGGGCGACCCGUGCCUCCACCAAAGCCAACCCGCCCACGGCCAUGGUCGGGGGCGUCGGAGGAGCCACCGCCCUAUGGGGGCCCCUACCUCAACCUGCCACCACGUUCGGCACUCGACCUGUCCAACCGAGAGCACAGGGGUUCGGCCUUUGAGCUGUACCGCAAACCAGAGCCCCUCCGACCGCCACCUCCCCCGGCCCUAUAGAGGCCAUUGUGGGAACAAUGGCCAUGCAACCUCUGCCAUCUUGUGCUGCCAUACCAGCACCAGUGGGUGAUCAGGGACAAGGUCCAGCAGUGCCCAAUCACAACAGUGCUAGUGCAAUUGUCUUCCGGGGCCAGUGUGCGUGCAACAAAAGGAGUGUUAUUCUACCUGCAGUACAUAAACUGCGCCGCAGGUCUGCUCAAACUGUGCCUGCUAGUGGAAAGAGCACCAAAUGCUGCUGCGUGUUUAAAUCUAUUUUUUUAGAACAAAAGGUUCAGCUCGGGGCCAACUCUGAUUUCCCUCUUAAAAUACAAAGCUGAAGCAGAAAUGCCAUCUUUAGGCAACCAUUGAACUGAGCAUUUAAGAGAGAAAGCCAAAUUGUGCGAACUGUUUGAUUUAGGGUCUGAAAUCCAUAUGAAAAUUGGCAAUGCACAAAGCCUGCAACUCUAACUCUGCAUCGAAAACAGUUAUGUACAGUUAUGCACCACAGUUCUCUAGACUAUGUCUGCUAGGUCAGCUAAAGCAGAAAAAUGUGAUGGAUGAGUUUUGCAGCUUAUGUAAUUACAGUACUAGAUUUGCAGGAGUCCUAUUUACAGAUCAUCAGUAUAAUGCAGUACAGUGUAUAACAGCUAUUUUGGCCUCAUCAAAUAUGAUAUAAUUUCUUAUUGCUGAGUUAGUGCUGUAAGCUUGACUUUUUUUCUUGGGAGGGGGGGGGGGGAUUUUUUUUAACAGUCCCUCACCAGGUUUGGGGAUUGUAAAGAGAGAGACAAGCGAGAUGUGUAGAUCAUGUGCCAAUGGUCAUGUCUGCAAAGUAUCAAACCGCUGCAUGGCCGGAAAAUGGCUGAAAUUUAAAAUGAAAGCCUGUGCGUCCUUUCUCUUAGAGCCCUGCAUCCUGCUGGAAAAUCAAGGUCACAAGCAUAAACGCCUCUGCGUCAGACAGUGCGCCUGCAUUGUCACCGCUUAUAGCACGUGACUUCGGUAAAUCAUCCAAUGCAGGAUGCGCCAAAGCCGUGACUAGGAAGUGCUUCGCGCUGUGUAAAAUGAAAAGAAAAAAAAAUGGAGGCUGGGCUUGUGACAUGAAUGUGAUGCAUUUUCUCGAUUUCAGUAUGGGAGAAGGCAGGGAAGGGCACCCCAUGCUGACAUUUGUCGAGGUGAAAGGGAGUGUCUAUGUUCGCAGUGUAGCUUGACUCCUAGUAGCAUGGCGAGGAAACAUUUCAAUUUAUCCUAUCUGCUCUAAUAAUUAACCACACGCAAAAUUUUUGCGGUAGAACCUGGCCAGAGUUUUACAACUUUCAGUGGAUAACCAAAAUUUACGAUGGGGCCUGGUGAGGAGUUUUUUAAAAGAAGUUGAUGUCGUAAAUCAAAAGUCUGUUGGCAACUGUUGGUAAGUGGCAAAUUUUUGUUCAAAAUUGGUUCAAUGAAUGCCAAGCAUAAAGUUGUUGUACUUCACUUGUCAUGUGUUCCUUGUUUUCUACUAACUUAUGUGUCACUGCUGCCUGCCACAGCGCAACCAAACGAUGAAGCUACGCCAGCUAGGACCUUUUCAAGCUGUGCUUACUUUCAUAAACUACUCUUGCCACGUAUUUUUGGAUAGGAGCUUCCAAGGCAUAGCUUGCCUUCAUGUAAUUAUAAUUGGCUCAUUAGAGCAUUAUUAUGCUGCCACCUAAACAGUUACGAAAGUGCCAAGCACAGUCAACUCAGACAACCUAUAAACAAGGCAGAGUGGCUAAAGGUAACAGAAUUGCAUUUUGGUUGGUGUACCAGCCACCAAUCAGGCUGUUCUGGUGAGGAAUCAUUGCUGCAGUAAAAUACACUGAGUAGUUCGGAAUAUGAAAGCAGUGGCAUCUUUCAAGGCAUUCUGCUGCUCUACAUUACUGUCAGUAUUUGUUGAAGCUUCUGGACAGCUUAAGGAUUUCAUGUGCUUGCUUAGCGUCAAUAAGCUGACUCCCAGCUCAAGCGAAAUUAGACUAAAUAUGUAUCCUAACAUCUGAGUUGCUAAAGCUUCUGCAUGUGGCUGAAUCUACAGAAUGCAGCGCUGCUAACUAUUGUGCUGGUUAUUCGAUGUCUAUAUAAUUUGGAAAAACUGUCCUUGCAUGAGAAAAAUAGCUAUGGUCAUCGGAAUGUGCUGUGAAGCUUUGUAAAAUGGUACAAAGCACUCAAUCUGUUACAUUGCUCUUGCACUGCCUUCAGUGUCAGUUAUGUCAUCCGCAUUUCGAGGCACCGAGUUGGUCAAGGUGGGUAUGGCAUGUAUCGAGUAACAUAGUGCUGUAUGUUAUCUCUGGUCAUAGUAAGCAAAGUAACCAGCUGUGCGAAGAACAUUUCGAAUACUCACAUAAAACUAUUAUCCAGCACUGCCGUAAUAGAGCUGUAUGAUCAAGGAAAAAUAACCAUUUCAUACUCAGAAUUUGGCUUUUAAGUUUGUAUGGUAAUAGAGCUGUAUGAUCAAGGAAAAAUAACCAUUUCAUACUCAGAAUUUGGCUUUUAAGUUUGUAUGUAAUUGACAACUCGACAAGAAUGUUACUGGUCAGAUCACAGAAUAAAAACAAAAUGGAAAUGUAUAUGUCAGCUUUUUCCACCAGUUUUUAAAAGCAGGAUGUCAAACACGAGCAUUGUCCCUUCACAGAGCAGUUGUACAAAAUUGAGUGGGCCAAGCACAACCAGCUUAGACAUCCAACCAGAAUUGUACAUUACGCUUGUUUCAGUAAGUGCCACUAGCUCACUAAGUACCAUGGUACCACGACCGGCCACUUACGGAGCAGACAGUCCCAGAAUGGCGACCUGUGCAGUCAUCACACCACAACUCGGUCAAGGCACUCGAUGAGGUUUUUAAGCUCAAAUGACCUAUUGGAGAGAGUGUAGUUCUCACAGACGUUUCCCACGUACUCUGUUUUUUUUUUUCGUCUUUGCUUUAUCUCUUUGCUAUUCUUUCCAUUUUUCUUUUCCCUGUGCCCUUCCCCCAGUGCAGGAUAGCAAACCAGAACCUCUUCCAGUUAACCUUUCUGCCUUUCCCACCCCAUUUAACUCUCUCUCACUGCUAAUAGCACUCAAUGUAUGGACAGAUUUGCUUCUUUUUUUCUUCCCCAUCCCUUUUGAUAUAUCAUUCUGUGUUUUCAUCGUCAGUCAGUUUUUUGUCUUGCUUCUUAAUUCUUUGGGCCUCCCCAUCACUUUGAAACACAGAGCUCAAAGCCUAUUAGUUCUACAUUACGAGCACUUUAUGUUCACAUCAACAGCUUUCAUAAUGGCAGCCUUCAGGCUGUUUGCUACAGACAGUGCUCUCCAUCAUAUGGCAGUACAGCUUAUACAACUUAUAACGUAACCGUUCAUAGCGCAGAAUCGGGCGUAAUGCGGCCUUUUCUGACUCCCGUUUACCCUCUCAUAUAACUAUGUAUACAUUUUCUAUGUAUACGCAUACCGCUUACAGUGCAGCUGCAUGAGACGAAAUUCCC